AUGCUGCGACAUUUUAUAGAGACAAAAAAGUUCAUUGAUGAGAAGCACUUUGAAGGUCCACUUUACGGGCUGCACAAAAUUGGCGACAAUACAUGGCCAAAUCUUAUAGGAAUGUUUACUGGACUUGAUUUAGAGGGAGUGGAGAAGACGAUACCGGACAGUAGAAAGUUGGACAACGUCCCGCUAAUUUUUAAAGAGUUUUCAGCUGCAGGUUACAUGAACACUUACAUUGAAAACAUGCCAAACUUUGGUUUGUGGACGUACCACUGGAAGAAUGGCUUCAUCCAUCAGCCCAUUGAGUACUGGAUGAGGCCGGUAAACAUUCUGGUGUUUAAAGAAUUACAACGCCACUACUGCUACAAAGAGAAACUUGAAAUGGAGCUUUACUUUGACUACUUAAUUGAUCAGAUGCUAGCUUUUCGACAAAGAGACCAGCACUUUCUCAGCAUUGUCCACAUGGCCUCAGUAACGCACGACUUUCUCAAUUACGCUCAGUACGCCGACAUGCCCGUUCUGCGCUUCUUAAAGCGAGUAUAUGAGCACCACCUGAACAGUAACACGGUGAUAGUCUUCUAUUCUGAUCACGGUCUGAGGAUGGGCCCGGUGAUGGUGACCGAAUCAGGAUACCACGAGUCGCGGCUGCCAUUCAUGUACUUUAGUAUUCCGCUUUCGUUGAAGCUAAAGGAUGAAAACGGAAAGGCGAUAGGGGAAACUCAAAUUCGGCAGACACUGCGUCUCAAUGCUCGUCGUCUGACCAGUCAGUUUGAUGUUCACGCGACGCUGAGGCACCUGCUGCUGGGACAGCCGCCGCCGCGCACAACCGCAGAUGAACCCUACGGUCGAUCACUAUUUACAGCCAUUCCACUAAAUCGAACCUGCCAAGAAGCGGGCAUUCCUGAUGAGUUUUGCCUGUGCCAUCCUUUCACUGAACUGGCCAACAGAGAAACAGUUUCGGCGCUGGCAAACUUCAUGGUUGACCUGCUCAACGAGAAGCUGCAAAAGUAUGCCUACAAAUGUGUCCCACUGAGUCUAGUUACAGUGCUCAAGGCGAAGAUUGCCGCUGACCUGACGAAUGACGGUAAGCCUAAAAUGCGACAGUUCCUGCUGCGAAUCGUCACAGCGCCAAAUACUGGGACAGUUGAAAUGGCCUUCAAAGCUCUGGCCGAUGCCAGUGGGCGACUAGUGGAUGGCACAAAAACGGCUAAAGCAGUCAGUGGCGUUCUUCGCCUGGACCAGUACUGGCAGCAAAGUAUUUGUGUUGCAAACACUGCCGUGGAGAGUAUUUGCUACUGUAGAAACUUGAUCAAAUAG